AUGUCGAACUAUACUCUAUCACGGCUUCCAGAUCAUAUCUUGCAUAUCUUCAAAAUAUAUGAAAGGGCAUCGAAUAACCUUUUACCAUAUAAAAAUGUCAGAAUUAAAAACUAUUUGCAGAGAACAACACCAGAAUAUUACAAUUUCCAAAGAAACAAGUUGCUAACAAACAGUUCCGAGAAUGGUAAAUUCAAUCCUAAUGACUUUCCUCCUAUAAUAAGUACGUUAAUUAAGCCUAUUUUCGAGGGCCCACUUGAAUUGGGAGGAUUGGAAAAUAUGCGGACUGAAGAUAUCUUCAAACAAGAUCAGACUAAAAAAGAUACUAAAGAAACAAAUGAUAACAUAUCAGAAUUCACUCCUAUAAUAAGUACAGCUAGCAGAACGACGAAGAAUUUCACGGAUUACCAGGCACAGAUAGCAGGCUCUUUUGCGGCGUAUUUUAAUCCAUAUCAUUCAGUGCCGAAUGUCAAGCUGAUCAAAAACUCUUUUCAAUGGUAUCAGAGACUACUUAAUAAUACGCCCAUAUUUUUUGUGUUAAGGCAAACUAAUCGACUUUUCUCCGAGGCGUCUCUUUCUCAAGUGAACAAGCCAUUAAAUGAUUUCAGAAAAGCCAUUUCUCUGUUGCAGAACAGUUUCCCCGACGGGAGUGAUAAGAGUAUUCGGAAUUACCAUUUCACAGACUUAUCCACUGUUGAUAUAUUUUCUUUGGCCAAUAAAUCGCAGCGUUAUUUUCAAUCCGACAAAGACUUUGAUAAGCUAUUUGAAACAACAGAUUGGAAAACUCAGAAUAAUGUGCAUGAUAAACUUAGUGAAGCAUUAUUAGCUAAUAAAACAGUAGAAUUGACUGAUAAAUCUUUUAAUGCAGUGAACGUAUCCCCGCAUGAAAUUAUAAGUCAGUAUCCGUUGCGUAAGGUUUUGAAGGAACUUGAAUACGCAAGUGUGAGAGAAGUAUUUCCAUAUGACGUGAAAUAUCAUGACUAUCAUUUGCUUACCAUUGAAAGUCCUAUAAUUCAAGAAGAUCAUUCUGACCUUCUCAACAUUCUAGAUGCUCAUAAAGAUUCAUUUGAAAUUAUUUCUGUUCGACUAGGGUUAAAUAAUCAAAUUAUAAAUGAUUUUUUCUCUCACAAGGUCCAUGCUAGCGAUUCGGUAAGUUCGUCAAAAUCUUACGACGAACUAUUACAAAUUGCAAAAUCGAACCACGAUAAUAUUGGACAUGAGAAUGAAGCAUCCAGCAUAGAUGCAUUAAUGAAAAGAUUGGGAGAGUCUGGCUUAGUUCGAGUAGAAGAAGGAUUCACCGAAAACUGUAUAUAUUUAUUUCAUAAGCAAUAG